CCCAAAUACAGCAGAAAUCGCUUUAUAUAUAAUGUUAACUAUGGCUAAUCAUUGUUCGGGUGCCCCUCGUGGUAUUAGCUAUGAAAAGCUAAGGGUAGCUGUCCCAAAAGCAUCGUAGUCUAAGUAGCUUAUCCCUUCUACUGGUGACUUGUCUAUCCACCAGAACGAGCGGCCACAGCUUUAGCCUGUAUCGAACGCGACGCCCUUGUUACUUCAGAGAAAUCAUCUCCGCCACUUGGCUCCUCGGAAGUGCUAUGUCAUCUGACGCAGGGGCCCGCUCCUAACUCUCGUCUCCAGGACUCGGAGGCGCCGCAGUUUGUUAACGGAUGUCACGGUCCUUGCUAUAAUCGAUUCGACGGUCGAUCGUGAUCUACACUCAUCGACAUGCUUUAGGAGCCAGUUUUACUUAAAUAUUUAGGUGCCUAUCGUUAGAUCCUUCGAGAAUGCUACUAGGAGUCCAUCUUCUCUACCAGACCUUCCCUUACACCAUGCGUAGCAAUAUGCCCUGCAGAUUAGCCAUCACGUCCAUGUCUCUCGGACGCUGUUGUGCGGGCCAUCCGCUCGCGCAUAAGCUGGACAUGGCUCGGCUGUACGGUUAUAGAGGCAUCGAGCUCUUCCAUGAGGACCUGCUACACCUAGCCCAGCAACUACCUGGAGGGUCGACAGCUGAUAACGAGCUCGAAGCGGCUCGAAUAAUCCGAAGGCUCUGCCACGAGAGGGGACUCGCAAUAGUAUGCUUGCAGCCGUUUGCACACUACGAAGGAUUGCUAGAUCGCCGAGCGCACCUCAAGCGCAUAGAGCAGCUUACGUUUUGGUUUCAACUCGCAAGGGUCCUUGGUACAGAUACCGUGCAGAUCCCGUCCAACUUCCUGCCGUCGUCCGAACUUUCAGAAGAUGCUCGCAUUGCGGUCGCCGACCUUAGAAAAGUGGCUGACAUGGGCCUCGCGCAGCAACCACCGAUACGCUUUGUAUAUGAAGCGCUAUGCUGGGGCACUCGCUGCGACCUGUGGGAGCAGAGCUGGGACAUAGUACAGGCUGUAGACCGGCCCAACUUUGGUCUCUGCCUCGAUACGUUCAAUAUUGCUGGCCGUAUCUAUGCCGAUCCCUCCUCGCCGACAGGCCGCACUCCGAAUUGCGACCAAGCUGUACGGGACUCUAUAGCUCGACUCGUAACUACAGUGGAUGUCAGCAAGGUUUUCUAUGUUCAGGUGGUCGAUGCUGCGCGGCUUGCCGAGCCUUUAGUGGAAGGCCACGAAUUCUACGACGCGUCACAGCCCGCACGAAUGAGUUGGUCUCGAAACUGUAGGCUCUUCUACGGCGAGGAGGAACGCGGUGCCUAUCUUCCCGUUGCCCAGAUAUCGCGGGCCAUCUUCCAAGGUCUCGGGUUUGAAGGUUGGGUAAGCAUGGAGCUCUUUAACCAGAGGAUGUCGGAUACAGACGAGGUGGUGCCUCAAGAAUUGGCAAGCCGGGGUGCUGCUGCUUGGGUGAAGCUAGUCAAGGAUAUGAAGUUGAGGGUUGACGUACCCGUUUCCGAAAGGGUUGCUGCGUCUCUAUGACCGAAGGCUGGCCGGGUAUCUACCUAUAUAUUAUAUAUUAUAUUAUUAUAUUAGAUCAUAUCAUUAAAACCGAUGGCUCCCCUUUUGAGAAAUGCUUGGAAAGUACCUAUGAUUGGGGGGGAUAGGGGUAAUUUGAUGACAAGGAAUUUAACUGGCCCUCACCGGUCACUUACAUUACAUCAUUUGGCGGGAGCUUACACUACUUCAUGUACUUAACUGUGAGUACCCCGCAGUACCUAGCUUGCGGUGCUUAAUUGCGGAGCUACUCCGCACACUUGGUUCGGGGUAACAAGGGGCAAUAGGUACCUAGG